CACGGGGUUUCCUCGGCGUCAUGGCGGACGGUCGUUGAGCGGAGAUUGAACACCGGAGGAAGGAGGUGAUUUCCUCGGUGUCUGUGCCCGGCGGCCGGUGCAGCGGUCCGGGUUUGAACCGCUAAACCUCCGGAGCGAGUGGCGGCAGGAACACGAGGUGUCGUGGUUCAUCCGAGCAACAGUUGGGAUCAGAAACUCGGCGGGGUUUUCAGACUAAAGACUAAAAAUCGACCGGUUCUCCGUGUUUUCCACCGUCUGCUGUUGUGACAGAUGCUGGUCUACACUGUUUGAAACCCGUGUCAGUCUGGGAAACCUUUAUUUUGUUUGUGAAAGCCACAUCUAGACCACAGGAGACCAAGUCUAGAUAAAAACCACUAUACCCAGACCGGUUUACAACUCGUAAAAACAGUCUUUAUGCUAAUCCAGUCCAGAUUUGACAAGUGUAGAUGUAGUGUUUUUCUGAUCUAGACCAGGUCCGGUCUGAUCUGGAUGGAAAAAGCAGUGCAGUCCCCCUUUUUCUGUUUCCACAAACAUGAAGCUGGAUUUUAAACCCUCUCCCUGCUGAUCUGGUCCAGAUUUGGCAGGACUAGGUUUUAUUUUUCUUCCAUAAAGGUCUCACAAGUCUGAUGUAGCCACGUGGAUGCACAGAUUUAGAUGUAACAGAAGAAGGGCGUCGCUCGUUGGGGAACUUCUCUGACUUCUCCUCCGCAGGUCGAAGACGAAGAGAAACGCCAGGCAAAGAGGAGGCACCAUGGGUCCUUCGGGACAGAAACCGAGAGGCAAAAGGAGACCCAGACCUCACCGCUGUCAGCAGUGUGACAAAGCCUUCACAUCAACACAACACCUGAAAGAUCAUCAGAGUGUUCACACUGGAGAGAAACCGUAUUACUGUGACCAAUGUGGGAAAGCUUUCACUCAGCUGAGCAGCUUAAGAACUCACCAACGAAUCCACAGCGGAGAGAAACCGUACCACUGCGACGAGUGUGGGAAAUCUUUCACUCAGUCAAGUACGUUAAAACUCCACCUGCGCAGGCACUCUGGACAGAAACCGUACAACUGUGAGCACUGUGGGAAGAGCUUCUCUGAUUCAUUCUCAUGUCAACAGCACAAACACGUCCACACUGGUGACAAAACUUUCCAGUGUCAACUCUGCUCCAAAUCCUUCCUCACGCAGUCGAAUCUGACGAGACACCAGCGUAUCCACACGGGAGAGAAACUCUAUCCCUGUGAGCUGUGUGGAAGGAGCUUCAGCCAUUACUCUUCAUACACAAUCCACCAGCGGAUCCACACUGGAGAGAGACCCUACCAGUGUGGCUUCUGUGACAAAACCUUCACAUCAUCGACCAACCACUCUGAACACCAGCGUGUCCACACGGGAGAGAAACCGUACAGCUGUGACCAGUGUGGGAAGAGUUUCAGUCAUAUAACGACCUGUUUGCUGCACAAACGAGUCCACACCGGGGACAAGCCGUACCGCUGUCAGCACUGCAGCAAAAGCUUCAUCACGUCGUCGAACGUGGUGUGA